CCCCGGACGCCCCGCCCCCCGGCAGCCCGGCGCUCGGCAGGGCGGCGGCGGCGGCGAUGUCGGGGCCUAACGGGGAACCGCACGUGACGCUGGGCCCCGCCGGGCGGGACGGCGGCGACGAGGACGGGGACAGCUUCGGGGAGGAAGAAUAUGCAGCAAUAAACUCCAUGCUGGACCAGAUCAGCUCCUGCUUGGAUCACCUGGAGGAGAAGAACGAUCAUCUCCAUGCCUGCCUGAAGGAACUGCUGGAGUCGAACCGCCAGACCCGCCUGGAGUUCCAGCAGCAGAGCGAGCAGCACGGCAUGGGAGCUGACGUGCAGGGACCACAGCCUCCUGUCUAGUGCACUGGCCACAGACUUGAGUGCUAAGGGGACAUUUACUGUCACUGGUUUAUCGAAAAUUGAAGAGUUAGUUACCUCCUGCCCAUUACAUAAUCCUUCCUGCAGUAGUGCCCAACCAUUCACCUCCAUGUUCUGUUUGCCUUAGCUGUGUGAUAGGUGCACGUAGGUGGUUAUGGGAGACUUGGCUCUUUUUGCUUCCAGCAUUAACACAAGCCUGGCACUGAAACGUGGUUGAAGCUGGUUGUAGAAAGCCUGAGGCCAUGCAGGUUGUUUGCAAAGAAGUGCUCUUCACAAAGAGGAAAAAUGAUCACGGUGUUUUGCACUGCUGAUCGCGCUGGGGAAUGCUAUAGCUCUACCCCGUUCCCUCACAAAGCACAGGAGGCAGGGGUUGUCCUGACUCCAGCUUCCUCAUAGUGGCAGCUCUGGUCACAGACUUGGAGAGAGGGUCCCUAGAUCGUCUCCUGCCUCCAAACUAGAGCUUCCCCGUUAUUCACAUUCACUGUAAGUACUGACAGGUAGCCCCAAAUCACUGGACUUUCCUGUUCCCUUCCAAGCAGAUAAGAUGAGCUACCCAGGUGAUGUUUUGGACUUAGAAUCGGAAGCUGCCUAACUCCUCGAGCUGCCACUAAGGACUCAGGCUUAGAGAGGCAGAGCAGCGUGGUUUGCCCCUGCUGUAUUGUUGACUAUAUGGUGCAAAGAGACAGUGCUCUGCCUGCCCCAGGAUGAGAGCAGAGCCCUCGCUGUAUAUUUAAACGUGAGUAAUCAUGAGCAUUCUGGUUUGAAACUUUUGUUAACUUGUUGGAUGGCCUGGAGCCACCGCUGUGAAGCAAGUUUGAACUAUUCUACUUCUGUAGAGUUAAAGGAGUUUUUUUGAAAGUUGAAGAAGUUAUAAGAAAUCUGUUUUAUUAAAAUCGGUUGAAACAAAA